GUACACACUGGUUGAUUAAAUCAAUCUCAGUUUUAAUAAUUUGUAAAUAGUUAAAUAUAUCGUGAAACUAACAGUUAAAAUAUUUAAAAUGCCGACAGAAAUUGAGAAUUUGAAUCCUAGUGUCUACGGCAAAAUCAAGGAGCGUGUGAUUACAGCUAACGAGGAAGAUGAAUCCGUUGCAGAUCCAUUUGAUAAGCGUGAAAUUUUUGAUCUGAUACGAAACAUCAAUGAUCCGGAGCAUCCGUUGACUCUGGAGGAGUUGCAUGUGGUGCAGGAGGAGCUUAUCUCCAUCAGCGACAAACAGAAUAAAGUGCACAUUAACUUUACGCCCACAAUUCCGCAUUGCUCGAUGGCCACGCUGAUUGGUCUCUCAAUUCGAGUGAAGCUGCUGCGUUCGUUGCCACCUCGUUUCAAGGUCACCGUGGAGAUAACUCCGGGCACACAUGCCUCGGAAUUUGCCGUGAACAAGCAACUGGCGGACAAGGAACGCGUUGCUGCAGCCCUGGAGAACAAGCAUCUGGCCGAGGUCAUCAAUCAGUGCAUCUCAGCCAGGAGCUAAUAUUAUAUACAUAUAUUCUUGUUUCUUUGUUUAUAGUAAAUAUUAUAUUUUAGCAUAAGACA